UUCUACCAUUCUCUCUCUCUCUCUCUCUCCCUCCCACGUUAUCCUUCUUCACACACUCUGCCAAAAUGAAAGGAAAGAUCUGUGUCGCUUUCUCCGGUGGUCUUGACACCAGCAUCAUCUUGAAAUGGCUCAUCGAUGAGGGCUAUGAGGUGGUGGCUUUCACUGCCGAUGUUGGCCAGGAAGAGGAUUUCGAUGCGAUCAAGGAGAAGGCCCUGAAGCUCGGUGCUGUCAAGGCUGAGGUUGUCGACCUGCGCCGGGAGUUCGUCGAGGAACUCUGCUUCCCCGCCAUUGCUUGCAACGCCAUCUACGAGAACGUUUACCUUCUCGGAACCUCUCUGGCUCGUCCAGUGAUUGCCCGCGCUCAGAUUGAGGUCGCCAAGCGCGAGGGUUGUUUCGCCGUUUCCCACGGUUGCACUGGCAAGGGUAAUGACCAGGUCCGUUUCGAGCUCGCCUUCUAUGCUCUUCAGCCCGAUAUCAAGGUCAUUGCCCCUUGGCGUGACCCCGUCUUCUACGAGCGCUUCGCUGGCCGUGGCGAUCUCCUUGCUUACGCUGAGGAGAAGGGCAUUCCCGUCACUUCCACCAAGGCUAAGCCCUGGAGUAUGGACGAGAACUUGGCUCACUGCUCUUAUGAGGCUGGUAUCCUGGAGGACCCCAAUGUCACCCCUCCUGCCGACAUGUGGAAGCUCACCAAGGACCCCCUCACCGCUCCCGACCAGCCUGAGGACUUCACUCUCUACUUCGAGAAGGGUCUUCCCGUCAAGCUUGAGUACACUGAGGGUGGAAAGGCUAAGACCGCCACUGACCCUGUUGACCUCUUCCUGACUGCCAACGCCAUUGCCCGCCGCAACGGUGUCGGCCGUAUCGAUAUUGUCGAGAACCGCUUCAUCGGUAUCAAGUCUCGUGGCUGCUACGAGACCCCUGGUCUGACCUGUUUGCGCGCUGCCCACGUUGACCUUGAGGGUCUCGUGCUCGACCGUGAAGUUCGUGCUCUUCGUGAUCAGUUCGUCACUGUCAACUACUCCAAGCUCCUGUACAACGGUCUCUACUUCUCCCCCGAGCGUGAGUUCCUCGAGCAGUCCAUCGCUGCCUCCCAGAAGAGCGUCAACGGUCAGGUUCGCUGCCGUGCCUACAAGGGUAACAUGAUCAUCCUCGGUCGUUCCUCCGAGACUGAGAAGCUGUAUGAUAUGUCCGAGUCCAGCAUGGAUGAGAUUGGUGACUUCUCUCCUGCCGAGACCACCGGCUUCAUCAACGUUUCUGCUAUCCGCCUGAAGAAGUACGGUCAGAUGAAGCAGGCUGCUGGCGAGAGGUUGUAAGAUGUGAAUCGCUGGCUCGAGUAACGAAUGUCCUUUUGAAAGCGCCUGGCUUGUGAGAGAAAACAAAAAAACUCUGGUGGUUUAUGGAUUUGUACGGCAAGUGUUUGGAUAUAUAAUGUGUUUUAACGUAUAAAAUGAGGGCCUAUGAUUCCCCGUUGCAAAGACAUUUUCUUCUCU